AUGGCCAUGGCAAUGCAAUUUGGUAGCAAAUCUCGUUUCACUGAUCUUUACAAUGAGCCUAUCGAUCAUCUUUUAUCACCAAUCAAAGGCUAUCAAGACAAACCACUUGUUUCACUUCUUGAAGCUGUUGAACAUGUUUCUGGGUUUUUCAAUGAAAUUGAAGAUAAUGUUUAUGUUGCAUUACAUAAUUGCCGAAAGCCAGCUGAUGGGCUAAAUCAACAAGAAUCAGCUUCUAUUCAUCUUUAUACAAUGCAAUUUGAUGGUGGCCCAAGUUUAUAUCAAUUACUUAAUCAAUCAUUACGCGCUGAGAAUCGCGAAGCAUUGAAACCAUGGUUCUCAUUUCUUAAGCUAUUUCUUACUGCUCUACAUAGUCUACCAUCACAAAGUAAAAGAGUAUGGCGUGGUAUUCGAGGUGUUGAUUUAAGUUCAAAAUAUAAAACUGGUACACAAUUUGCUUGGUGGGGAGUAAGUUCGUGUACUACUGCUAUGGAAAUCCUUGAAUCAGAUCAAUUUUUGGGUAAACAUGGAACACGUACCCUCUUUUCAAUUGAAUGUAUCAAUGGAAAAUCUGUUGCAGCACAUUCAUAUUUCAAAGAUACCGAAAAAGAAGUUAUUCUUAUGCCAGGUUCAUAUUUUGAAGUGAUAGGCCAAUUAAAUCCAGCAAAGAAACUUCAUAUUAUUGAAUUAAAAGAGAUUACGCCUCCAAUUAAUCUGAUUAAACCACCAUUCUUCAAAUCGAACGAACAACAAUCUUCUUCAGUCGUUCAUAAACCAAGUACACUUUCUCCAUCGACAUCAACGAUGAUGACACUAAAGAAAUCCACCAAGAAUAAAGAAAAACAAUGGCUUGAUAUGUGGUGUCAUCAAAACGGAAUAAUCAUGUGGCCCCAUGAAUUCGAAAAUGAGCUGUUUGAUCCACCAGUGUCGAUUCCUGAAGCAAUAUUCGAUCGUGUACACGGUUCCAUGGCAGGCAUAGCUUUAGGCGAUGCUCUUGGUGCUCCUGUGAAAUUGAAGUCUUGA